AUGAAGGACGCCAUCACCGAAACGAUCCGUCGUGGCACGAAGGACCACACCAGGAUGGACGCCACAUUCUGUAGCAACGUUUUCUUUGACGACGAGACUUUCUUGGAUAUGCUUGCUCACGUGAAGAAGAAUGCAGGCGUCAAGCAGAUUGUCGAAGCAUCCCAUGAUCUCAUCACCUGUGUGACAGUCCAAGGGAAAGUAGUCACUAUCCGCUUUUACGGCGCAAAGAAGUUCUGUUCCCCCAAGGUCCCCGAAGCCCCCAAGGUCGAAGCUCCCAAGGUGUCAGCCGCAGCCCCCAAGGUGGACGGAAAUGAAUCAUCGAAACCUCCUCGACGCAACCGAGGUCGCUCUGGAAAGAAAGCACCCCCACCGCCACCUCAAGACGACGACGAUUCCUUCGAAUUUGAGCCUGAAUUGUCCCAAGCUAUGACCCCUAUCAAGGGCCUUGCGUUCAACAGGAAGUAG